CUCUGUGUCCAGUGAAACAGUCUUCCUUCAUAUACAGUUUAAAUUUCUCUCUCAAUCUCAAUUGGGUUUUCGCUUUUUUCAAGCUAAACCCCUCAAAUUCCAACAUGGGUAUCGUCCACCUCCGCCGUAUCUUCAAGCCCUUGUUCCUCUUUCUCUUCUUCUUCGCCAUCUCUCUGCGAAUCUCCAUCGCUCAGCCUGUGGCUCCAUCUCCUAGCGCUGAUGUCUGCAACGGUAUCUUCCUAUCGUAUACCUACAUAACGGGAAGUAUUAUCCCUCCCCAUCUAGCCGCCGGCUCACCUCGCCAACCUUACAAGUUUGAGUCACAACUCGAAGUCCUCAACAAUGGUCUCCAAGAUCUCAAUUCCUGGCAAGUAUUCGUCGGGUUUCAGCACGAUGAGUAUCUGGUCUCUGCUUCUAAUGCUGUUUUGGUUGAUGGGACUAGUCUCCCUGCCGGCGUUGGAAAUGGGACUGCUUUUGCCGGAUAUCCUGCUACCGAUCUCAAGACCGCUGUUGAGACUGCCGGAGAUGUGACCCAGAUGGAGGCUGUGGUUAAUUUGGUCGGUACCCAAUUCGGCGUUGACGUUGCGAAUAGUAACAGUGUUCCGAUGCCUUCCAACAUAUCGCUUCUCAACACCGGCUACAUCUGUCCUGUGCCCACUAUGCAAGGGUCGAGUCAGAUGACUGUGUGUUGCACUCUAGAUCCGAAUUUGAAAACGAACACAACCAUCAUUGGACAAGAAUUUUCACCCCGCCAAAGUGGUGAUCUUGUAAUUACCUACGAUGUAACCCAAACAUAUGCAUCAAAUUACAUGGCACAGGUCACAAUCUCAAAUAAUAAUCCCCUCGGUCGUCUUGAUUAUUGGAUGUUGAGCUGGGAUUGGAUGAGGGGUGAAUUUAUUGGCAAAAUGCAAGGGGCUUAUCCAACAGUUGUUGACACAACAGGGUGUCUCUAUGGUCAGCAAGGUGCUUACUACCAGGGUCUAGAUUUUAGCACUGUCUUGAAUUGUGACAGAAGGCCAACUAUUGUCGAUCUCCCUUUAUCAUAUACCAAUGACUCAACUCUUGGGAAGAUCCCUUACUGUUGUCGGAACGGGACAAUCUUGCCAGCAACAAUGGAUCCAACUCAAUCGACUUCAGUUUUCCUGAUACAAGUUUAUAAGAUGCCACCAGACCUCAAUCGCACUCAACUGUACCCACCGGCGAAUUUCCAGAUCAAUGGCACUUUCAACCCAAAUUACCAAUGUGGACCUCCAGUGCGUGUCACCCCUACUGAAUUUCCUGAUCCAAGUGGUUUGCCAUCAACAAAUGCAACGGCACUUGCUAGUUGGCAAGUAGUGUGCAACAUGACGCAGCCGGCAACCCCGAAAUGCUGUGUUUCAUUCUCAUCAUACUUAAAUGAUUCUGUUAUCCCAUGCAGUACAUGUGCAUGUGGUUGCCAAGGUAGUGCAAACAGUAAUUGUAGUACUACUGCAUCAGCCCUUCUACUUCCAUCAGAGGCUGCUCUUGUCCCAUUUGCAAACCGGACAAAUAUGAUCUUAGCUUGGGCUUCAAUCAAACAUUAUCCUGUGCCAAACCCAAUGCCCUGUGGGGAUAAUUGCGGAGUGAGCAUAAACUGGCAUCUAUACACAGACUCCACCGCUGGUUGGAGCGCAAGGGUCACACUGUUCAACUGGGGUGGAAAUAAUUUUGCUGAUUGGUUUGCUGCUGUGCAAUUGGACAAGGCAACCCCUGGUUUUCAAGCGAUGUACUCCUUCAAAGCAAGUGUGCUGCCUGGUAUCAAUGGUGUCAACAACACCAUAUUGAUGGAGGGACUUCCAGGCUUGAAUUAUCUUGUAGCACAAUCACCAGCAGCCAACCCAACGACUAAUCCCCCGGUGCCUGGGAAACAGCAGUCAGUGAUUUCAUUUUCAAAUAAAAAUACUCCUACAAUCAACGUGCUUGGUGGGGAUGCAUUCCCAUCCAAAGUGUUCUUCAAUGGUUUGGAGUGUUCGCUUCCCACAAUGCUUCCAAGCAAGGGUGAUAGGAUGGUUGCAGCUUCAGGCAUUUCAAGCUUUCUCCUGGCUAUUGUAGUGCUCAUCUUUGUGCAGCGAUAACUUUCUGAAGCAUGGAUGUUUCUUUUCUAGCUGCAACAUAUUCUUUGAUGCUUUUGAUGAAUUGAUUAGAAAAUACUGAACUGCCACACACAAGAGCUGAACAGGGUUAGUUUGAUAACCCACCAGGUUUGCUGCCAGAUUCAUGAUUUUAUAUUGAUUUGGAAGGGAAAGCUUCAUAGGUGUGACUAUGAUUUAUCUUCCCAUCGACAUUGUGUUAUAUAACAUUACAUUGAUAUAGAAGUUGGCAUGAAACAACCCCGAAUGUAACUCUACUAAAUAUUAUUUUUCUGUUUCAUU